UAAACGAUCGAUUCGUAACAGAACAAACGAUUUCGGAAAACACAACGUGUGGGAAAGGUCAUCGGCAGAGAGGAGCAUCCACUGCUAGUAUAUACUCUGUAUAUUUGUUCACCUUCUUACCAGACAAAGAACUACACGACCCAAUUGUCCAAUUUUCUCUCUCUGUUUAUAUCUAUCUAUAGAAUAGAUAUCUAUACACACACAUAUAUAUUGCGAUUUGUGAAUUAGGGUUUGUGUUAAUUUUGAUCUGAAGAGAGAAAUGGAGGUAGUGGAUCAUUUAGCUGAGGAGAGGAGUAAGGCAGAGUUUGAUGUUGAAGCCAUGAAGAUCGUCUGGGCUGGUUCUCCACAAGCCCUCGAAGUCUCCGAUCGCAUUUCCAAGCUCGUCGCUAGCGAUCCUGUCUUCCGGAAAGAUAACAGACCUAUGCUUAGCAGAAAGGAUUUGUUUAAAAAUACUCUUAGAAAAGCAGCUUAUGCAUGGAAGAGGAUCAUUGAGCUCCGCCUUUCUGAAGAAGAGGCAGCUAAGUUAAGGUUUUUUGUCGAUCAAACUGCUUUCACUGAUCUUCAUUGGGGAAUGUUUGUACCUGCUAUAAAAGGACAAGGCACUGAGGAGCAGCAACAGAAAUGGUUGCCAUUGGCAUAUAAAAUGCAAAUUAUUGGCUGCUAUGCGCAAACUGAGCUUGGUCAUGGCUCCAAUGUACAAGGUCUUGAAACCACUGCAACAUUUGAUCCCCAAGCGGAUGAGUUUAUCAUUCAUAGUCCUACAUUGACUUCAAGCAAAUGGUGGCCUGGUGGACUGGGUAAAGUGUCCACACAUGCUGUUGUUUAUGCCCGUCUUAUCACAGAUGGUCAGGACCAUGGAGUGCAUGGUUUUAUUGUCCAACUACGGAGCUUGGAAGAUCAUUCACCUCUUCCUGGCGUAACUGUUGGCGACAUUGGAAUGAAAUUUGGAAAUGGAGCAUACAACUCCAUGGACAACGGGGUCUUAAGAUUCGAUCAUGUGCGUAUCCCAAGAGAUCAGAUGUUGAUGAGGGUUUCACAGGUUACACGGGAAGGGAAAUAUAUGCAGUCUAACGUUCCCCGACAGCUAGUUUAUGGUACUAUGGUAUAUGUCCGACAAACAAUUGUAGCCGAUGCUUCCUGUGCUUUAUCACGGGCAGUUUGUAUUGCUACUAGGUAUAGUGCUGUUCGUAGACAGUUUGGAUCACAGAAUGGUGGACCUGAGACCCAGGUGAUUGAUUACAAAACUCAGCAAAGUAGGCUCUUUCCUUUGCUGGCUUCUGCUUAUGCUUUCAGAUUUGUUGGUGAGUGGUUGAAAUGGUUAUAUAUGGAUGUGACCCAAAAAUUGCAAGCCAACGAUUUCUCGACAUUGCCUGAGGCUCAUGCUUGCACUGCCGGCUUGAAGUCUUUGACUACUUCUGCUACUGCUGAUGGUAUUGAAGAAUGCCGGAAAUUAUGUGGCGGCCAUGGCUACCUUUGUAGCAGUGGGCUUCCUGAAUUGUUUGCCGUUUACGUCCCAGCCUGUACAUAUGAAGGAGACAAUAUUGUGCUGCUUUUACAGGUUGCAAGGUUUCUCAUGAAGACUGUUUCUCAGCUGGGGUCUGGAAUGAAACCAGUUGGUACAACAUCUUACAUGGGGCGAGCUGAGCAUCUUAUGCAAUGCCGUUGCGAUAUUCAAAGAGCCGAGGAUUGGGAAAAGCCUAGGGCAGUAUUGGAGGCAUUUGAGGCAAGGGCUGUUAGAAUGUCUGUUGCUUGUGCUCAAAAUUUAAGCAAGUUUGCAAAUUCAGAAGAAGGCUUUGCAGAACUCUCAGCUGAUUUAGUAGAGGUAGCGGCUGCUCACUGCCAAUUAAUUGUAGUUUCCAAGUUCAUUGAGAAAUUGCAACAAGUCAUUCCCGGAAAGGGGAUCAAACAACAGUUAGAGAUGCUCUGUAACGUCUAUGCCCUAUUCCUUCUUCACAAGCAUCAAGGCGAUUUUCUCUCCACUGGCUGCAUCACUGCCAAGCAGGCUUCGCUUGCAAAUGAUCAGCUCAGAUCUUUGUAUUCCCAGGUUCGUCCAAAUGCAAUCGCUCUUGUUGAUGCAUUUAAUUACUCAGACCACUACCUUGGCUCAAUUCUUGGCUGCUAUGAUGGAAAUGUAUAUCCAAAACUGUACGAGGCAGCGUGGAUGGAUCCUCUGAAUGAGUCAGUCGUGCCUGAUGGCUACCAUGAAUAUAUCCAGCCUAUGCUGAAACAACAGCUCCGUGGUGCGAGACUUUGAAGGAACUUCUUUCAUUCUCCAUACAUUUUUGAAAAUUUUAAUUUUCCUGUGUUACUAUUUGCUACCGCCGAUACUGAAUAAAUUUUGACAUUUUUGUUGAUAAUUAUUAUUGCUUGCCUUGAAUGAAGUUAACUUGAGGCAGGAGAAUAAUAUUUAUUUGUAUGCGGGCGAACUCCCAGCAUAGGUUUUACGUUAUGCACCAUCUUAAUUAUUCCAUCAUUUAAUUUGACGAAAUUAUGAUCCAAA